GUUUGCUAAAAAAGAACACGGAAAGCAACAAACUUCUUGGUUUCAGUAUUUUUUCGACUCACAAAACACAUGAUUGUUUAUCGAUUUCACUGCACAAACAAUAAAGUACGAUAAAAUGAGUGAUGGCGAUAAAACUAUGUACGGCACAACGCUGUCGUUAGAGUCCAUUAAAGUCAUUGCAGAGAGCAUCGGUGUCGGCAGUCUACCAGACGAAGCGGCAAAAGAGUUAGCGGAUGAUGUUUCGUUCAAACUAAAACAAAUAGUACAAGAUGCAGCUAAAUUCAUGCACCAUUCCAAGCGGAUGAAGAUGUCUAUUGCUGACAUAGAUCAUUCCCUAAAAGUGCGUAACAUAGAACCACAGUAUGGUUUUGUUUCGCCGGAUUUUAUUCCGUUUCGGUUUGCUUCUGGCGGUGGCCGCGAAUUGCAUUUCAUUGAAGAAAAAGAAAUUGAUCUAGCCGAUGUCAUACAAACGCCUCCACCCAAGAUUCCGCUGGAAAUAACAUUGCGAGCCCAUUGGCUAUGUGUAGACGGAGUUCAGCCGACAAUUCCCGAAAAUCCUCCACCACUUUCGAAAGACGCCCAAGCUCUCGAUUCGGUUAAUCCGGUGAACAAGCUGGAGAAAGCUCAUAUGAAGGAUACGACUGGGAAGCCAGCGAUCGGUAAAGCUCAGAAGCUGAAGAAUGUUGAGACAGUCCAUGUGAAACAGUUGGCCACCCACGAGCUUUCGGUCGAACAGCAAUUGUAUUAUAAGGAAAUUACCGAGGCCUGUGUUGGUUCCGAUGAAGCGAGGAGAGCGGAAGCGUUAACUUCUUUGGCGUGUGAUCCGGGACUGCACGAAAUGCUACCAAGAAUGUGUACUUUUAUUGCCGAAGGUGUGAAAGUAAACGUCGUGCAGAAUAAUCUCGCUUUGUUGAUAUACCUUAUGCGAAUGGUACGAGCGCUUCUGGAUAAUUCCGCAUUAUAUCUUGAAAAAUAUCUCCAUGAAUUGAUACCUUCGGUAUCAACAUGUAUUGUUUCCAGGCAAUUAUGUAUGCGUCCUGAAUUGGAUAACCAUUGGGCCCUCAGAGAUUUCGCAGCUCGUUUGAUGGCUCAAAUCUGCAAAAAUUUCAACACAUCAACAAAUAAUUUACAAACACGAGUAACAAGACUAUUCAGUGCAGCUUUACAGAACGACAAGACCCCACUGUCUUCGUUGUAUGGAGCUUUGGAGGGCCUAUCAGAACUCGGAACAGAGGUUAUAAAAGUCUUCAUCAUUCCAAGACUAAAGUUCAUAUCCGAAAGAGUUGAGGUACAUCUACAAGGAACUAAUAUCAGCGCUACGGAUAAAAUAGCCGCUGGUCAUAUCCGCGCGAUGCUACAAAAAGUAUGUUCGCCAGUAUUGAAAACCAUCCGUAAUCCUCCGGAUGUUGUAGAAGAAUACAAGAAAGAUUAUGGAUUCCUCGGACCGACCUUACACCAAGGAGUCAUCAAAGCUCGAACUGCUCCACCAUCCACGCCCACCUGUACCAGUGCGAGUGCGUCAGCCGUGAAUGUUUCGAUCGUUACCACCACUUCGAAUGCGCCAGCUCGACCACAAACGCCGCUAAUUACUGCCGGAACUAGUAGUAAACCGGUGAUUUCCAGCACCCCUGGUCCCAUCCAACGUCAGCCUUCGCAGUCUGGACAAUCCGCGUCUGGCCAGCAGCAGAAGUUUGUUAUCGUAACACAACGCCAGCAGACACCGUCACCUUCGCAGGAUGAUUUUGUAGGUAUCAUACAGCAAAGUCAGCGCGCCAGCAGCGGAAGUGGUGGAGGACAAACGCAACCAGCCUUGAUUAAAAUCGAGCCACAGUCAGCGAACAUGCAGAAAGUGGUUCUGAUCAACCAAACGGCUUCCCAGGGACCGGCAGCGAAUGUGAUUUCCAAGCCACUGUUCGUCAAUAGCGGCGGCGGCUCAGGCAAUGGCACUACUUCCCAACCGAUUGCCCCACCAGAGUUGGAUGAUUUAUCACAUUUGGCGUAGUUGGAGUUGGAUACAAAAAAAAUACGUUAAACGCAAUGCCUGAGUAAAAAUAAGUUUAUUCUUGUAUCAGAAUACAACAACUGACAGUUUUAAACCAUGACCAUCCGAACUC